AUGAGCCACUUUACUUACAAGUACGACACCCCCGUCUUUAAGGGCACCGUCGAUUUCCCCACUGGCGUCUUCAUCGGAGGAAAGUUCCAGGAGGGAUCGUCAAAGUCUCACAUCGACGUCAUCAACCCAACCAACGGCAAGGUUAUCACCUCAGUCGCCGAAGCCACUCGGGAAGACGUCGACACCGCAGUCAAAGUCGCCCACCAAGCCUUCGAGACCGUAUGGGGUCUCAACGCUCCCGGAACCAAACGUGCAGCCCUGCUCAACAAUCUCGCAAACCUGAUGGAGAAGCAUAAGGACGAGCUCGCCGCUAUCGAGGCUCUCGAUAACGGAAAGACGUUCAGGUGGGCUAUGGACGCGGAUCUGACCAUCGCGAUCGAUACGAUCAAGUACUACGCCGGCUGGGCCGACAAGAUCCAGGGUAAAGUCAUCGAGACGACGAACGACAAGCUCGCAUACACGCGGCACGAGCCCAUCGGCGUUGUCAGCCAGAUCUCGGCAUGGAACUUCCCUCUUAUGUUGAUGUGCUGGAAGAUUGGCCCCGCUCUCGCUUGCGGAAACACCAUCGUCUUCAAGCCUUCCGAAUUCACUCCUCUCACCGCUCUCCGUAUGGCCUCUCUCAUCAACGAAGCCGGGUUCCCGCCUGGUGUCGUGAACAUCCUCGUCGGAUAUGGUCCCACCGUCGGCGAUGCCAUGUCUUCGCAUAUGGAUAUCGAGAAGCUGUCUUUCACUGGGUCCACUAUGGUUGGGAGGAAGAUCAUGGAGAGGGCGGCGCAGACGAACUUGAAGGAUGUGACGCUUGAGCUUGGGGGCAAGAGUCCGAAUAUUAUCUUCAAUGAUGCGGAUUUGGAUUUGGCGGUCGAUUGGAGCUCGCACGGGAUCUUCUGGAACCACGGCCAGGCAUGUUGCGCUGGUUCCCGGAUCUUCGUCCAGUCUGGGAUCUACGACGAGUUCCUCAAGAGGUUCACCGCAAAGGCAGCGUCGAUCAAGCUCGGCGAUCCAUUUGCGCACGACUCGUACCAAGGUCCUCAAGUAUCGCAACCCCACUUCGACCGCAUCAUGUCCUACAUCGAGUCCGGCAAAGCCGAAGGCGCAACACUCCAGCUCGGCGGCGUCCGUCACGGCGAAGAAGGCUACUGGAUCGAGCCCACCAUCUUCACCAACACGACGCCGAACAUGCGAAUCGUCCAAGAAGAGAUCUUCGGGCCCGUCGGUGUCGUGAUCAAGUUCGAGGACGAAGCCGACGUGCUGAAACAGGCGAACGAUUCGCUUUAUGGAUUGGCGGCGGCGGUGUUCACGCAGGAUAUUAGUAGGGGGCUCGGGUUCGCGCAUAAACUGAAGGCGGGGACGGCGUGGAUUAAUUGUGCGAAUCAGAUUCAUGCGAAUAUUCCGUUUGGGGGGUUCAAGCAGAGUGGGAUCGGGAGGGAGCUGGGGGAGUAUGCGAUUCAGCACUACACCUCCGUCAAGGCCGUGCACGUCAACGUUGGCAAGGUCCGCAUCUGA